GUGGAAGAAAAGAUGUCGGAAUCUGCAGGGAAGAGGCGAAGCGGUUCGAUGAGCUCAUCUGUUGUGUGCCGAGAGGCCAUUGAGAGCUUGACGGAGUUGGAUGAUCUUGAGCGGGUUUAUCAACAGCUUUGCAAUGAGGAGAGGCAGGUGGAAUCGGAGCUGGAGGCGCUCGUCAGUCAGCAGGGCAAAAUCGAGACGAAGAUGCUGGCACUACAAAGGAUGGGGCCCAACCUGCAGCUGAUCGAAGGUGAUGCUAGUCAACUGUCCGGCAUGAUCGCCUUUACCUGUAGCCUGGCAGAGAAUGUCAGCAGCAAGGUGCGCCAGCUGGAUCUGGCCAAGAACCGUCUGUACCAGGCCAUACAACGAGCAGAUGACAUCUUGGACCUCAAGUUCUGCACAGAUGGGGUGCAGACGGCAUUGCGUAAUGAGGACUAUGAGCAGGCAGCCGCCCACAUUCAUCGCUAUCUUUCUCUUGAUCAGUCUGUCAUUGAGCUGAGCCGCCAAGGUGGUGAAAGUAGUGCAGUUGAUGCCAGUCUUGCGCUUCUUCAGGAAGCGGAACAGCGCCUAAAGGCUCUGGUUAAGGAGCGUCUAGACCAGGCUAUUUCUGCAGGAGACCUGGCCCAAGUGGAGCGAUUCUUUAAGAUAUUCCCUCUUCUGGGCCUCCAUGAUGAGGGCCUGGCCCGCUUUGCCCAGUACCUCUGCACACAGCUGGCCAGUAAAGCUGAGGAAAACUUACUCCUGGCUUUAGGAGGAGAUCUGGGGGAACGCAGAGCAGCACUGAUCUUCGUGGAUACCCUCACUCUGCUGUUGGAGGGUAUUGCACGGAUCGUGGAGACCCACCAGCCUAUUGUGGAAACCUACUAUGGCCCAGGGCAUUUGUACACCCUCAUUCGCCACUUACAGGUGGAGUGUGACCAACAGGCUGAAAAGAUUGUGGAAAAGUUCAUCCAGCAGCGAGACUACCACAACAAGUUCCAGAUAAUUCAGAGCAGUAUGAUGAGGAGUACGUCAACUGAGAAGAUUGAGCCCAGGGACCUGGAUCCUGUGUUGAUGGAAGUCACGCUUAUGAAUGCUCGAGCAGAGCUUUAUCUGCGUUUCCUGCGCCGCCGUAUCACUGCCGAUUUCGAAGUGGGGGAUGCUACAGCCCCGAAGAGCACUGUGCAAGAGCAUCAGCAGAACCUGGAGAAGCUUCUGAAGCACUGUCUGCUGAGCCGCAACAUGCAGGAACUCAUUGGAUACUACAUACCUAUGGAGGAGUUUUACAUGCGGGAAUCUGUGAACAAGGCUGUUGCUAUGGAUACUUAUGAGAAGGGUCAGCUGACCUCCAGCAUGGUGGAUGAUUGUUUCUACAUUGUGAAGAAAUGCAUCAGUAGGGCUCUGUCUAGUUCUAGCAUUGACUGUCUGUGUGCCAUGAUCAAUCACUCCACGUCGGUGCUGGAAUCAGACUUCAGGGAGGUGCUGUACAACAAGCUACGCCAGGGCUUCCCUGCCACCACACUGCAGGACAUCCAGCGUGGAGUGAGCAGCGCUGUUAGUCUGAUGCAAAGCAGCCUGCAGCAGGGCAAGUUCAACACGCUGGGCAUUGAGAGUGCCGAGGAUGCCAAAGCGUCCUUCCUGGUGACUCUGAACAACGUGGAGCUGUGCAGUGAAAACAUCAUCACUCUGAAGAAGAACCUAGAGAAUGACUGCGCCAAAUUGUUCAGUCAGGGGUUUGGGUCAGGAGAACAAGCCCAGGGCAAGAUUGACAGCUGUCUCUCGGAUCUUGUGAGCACAUCCAGCAAGUUUAAGGACCUGCUGCAGGAGGGCUUGACAGAGCUGAACACCACUGCUAUUAAGCCUCAGGUCAAGCCCUGGAUCAGUAACUUCCUGUCAAUCUCACACAACAUUGAGGAGGAGGAGUUUAAUGAGUAUGAGGCUAAUGACCCUUGGGUUCAGCAGUUCAUCAUGAACCUGGAGCAGCUCAUGGCAGAAUUUAAGGCUGGCCUCUCCCCAGUCAUCUAUGACCAGUUGACUAGCCUGAUGACCAGCCUGAUUUCCCUGGAGAUGGAGAAAACAGUGCUCAAAUGCACCUUCAGCAGGCUUGGUGGGCUGCAGUUUGACAAGGAGCUUCGUUCCCUAGUGGCCUACCUGACCACCGUGACCACCUGGACCAUCCGGGACAAGUUUGCCCGCCUUACCCAGAUGGCCACCAUCCUCAAUCUGGAACGGGUGACGGAAAUUCUGGACUACUGGGGCCCCAACUCUGGCCCGCUGACUUGGCGUCUGACCCCUGCAGAGGUGAGACAGGUGCUGGCUCUCCGCAUCGACUUCCGCAGUGAAGACAUAAAGAGGUUACGGCUGUAGACUUUAAUUCCCACCUGCAACCUAUGACAUCUUGUACCCGGACACUGUGACUGCCACUCUCCUUUCUGUUGUGGUGAUGGAAGAGGCUUCAGUGAUUGUACUUUGGUGGUGGUGAUGGUUGUGGUAUGAUGUCAGGCAGAAUCUCACAGCACACACCUAAGUAGAGGGGAGACACACAGCUACCCUAAGCUGAUAGUAGGAGGAUUUAGCACUGUAGCAGAGGCACUGGGUCCCAGGGGACAAAAGGGAUAGCGGCUGCUGCUGAGUGCAGCUCAAGUAGUAGCACUGCGGCAUGGCCUGUGCUGGAACCAGGCAGAAAAUAGCAAGAAGACCGGUGGAAAAAAAAGAUAAAACUGGAGCAGGAAGAUGGUACAAAUGGAUUGAUCUAUAAUUUUUGUUUAAUAUUGGUUUGCUUGUUCUUUAUUGAUUUAUCAGUUUUGUAAAUUUAAAAAAAAAAAAAUCUAAUAAAGAACAUUGUAAAGCUAAUAUCACAGUUUUUAAGAAAUUUUUAACAAGUAUGGUGUUGGAUGAGAAACUUUCCGUCCGUCAAGCUUGAUUAAAAAUGAACUGUCAUCUUGCAGCCUUUCUGUGAAAGUGAAUUACAGACUCAAUAAAACAGCGUUCAGGUAAAAUUGGCAGUUUGAUUUUUCACUUUGAAAUGAGUGUGGAAAGUAUGACUGAUAUUUGUCAACACUAAAUGCAUAGUGCAGAGGCAGCUCUGGCUGUCUUGAUCUGAGCUUGCUUUUCGUGGCGGUGGCCAACAUGAAGGUGAGGUCUUGUUUGUAAUCAGACUCUGUAAAUAGGUUCCUUAAUCUAACAAUGGUUAUCUGUAACUGCUGCCAAAAAUGUUUUAAGAGGUGAAUAAAUGAAUUAAAUGGUGA